AUGCAGGGUCUUGCGGAUGGUCCCGUCAAGACUCACCUGUUCCGGCUUGAACUAGAUUCACUAGAACAAGCCAUUUCCAUUGCGGAGCAGGAAGACUUCAGUCUGAGACAGGCUCGCGCCAGCUCGACAUCAUAUCGUCAACCGAGACGAUAUGACAACGGAGGUCCAGAGCCGAUGGAACUCUGUUAUGUAGAGAGCGAGAAGGCUCGCUCUACAGGCUACAAGAAGUUGCAGAGAUGCAACAGAUGUCAAAAGACAGGACACUACGCUUACGAGUGUAGUGCCCCUCGUCCAGUGUCUCGCGACACUGGGCGUAGUGACCGUCCACCCAUGAGAAAGGGGCAGGGACGAGGGUCCGCUGUUGGUGCAAAGACGCAACAACGGGAUGGACCGUCAAAAAACGGACAGGACCAGUAG